AUGCCUGUGGGAUGUGGCAGUAUUCCUCUAGUCCAUUUCAUGGCCAUAGGGUCAAACAGGUUUUUAGCAAAUUUAUUCAUUCAAUAUGUGCCUUAUCAAUUGCAGGCCGAACAGGAUUCGGAUGGCUCGGCCCAGAGCACAGCUGACAUGACUGCUUUUGUGCAAAAUCUUCUAGUUCAGAUGCAAACCAGGUUCCAAACCAUGUCAGAGAACAUCAUCACGAAGAAUGAAAUGGGUGCAAGAAUUGAUGAAUUGGAGCUGAGCAUCAAUGACCUCAAGGCUGAAAUGGGCAGCGAUGGUAUGACCCCUACUAAAGUGAAGGACGAAGAAUCAAAGCCAGCAGACAGCUCUUCCUGA